AUGAAUCUUUGGCUUCAACUUCUUCACUCUGUGAAUGCUGCUGCCUUCUACGAUGCUGCUCUUGCAGAAGUCUUUGGUUACAAUGACAGCUCUCUGUGUGUUGCUUUUAAAGCCCUGCCUGCAUGCUUUGGGCCACGACCCCCGGCAGAAGGGCUGACAGGGGAUUUAAUGAGGAUGAUACCACCGAAUGCUUGCCGCAACCCUCCAGCACCAAAAAAAAAGGCCUCCGAGAGAUAUAUUGCACUAAUACAGGGGUAUGAUUGCUCUUUUGUCCAGAAGGUGCCCCACCAUGCCCAGCAGGCUGGAUACUGUGUGGCUGUCGCGUAUAACGUGGAUUCAGAGCAACUGAUUACUGUGGUGGCUGACGACAAAGAAAUCCAGCAGCUGAUUAGGAUACCAUCACUCUUUACUGGACAAUAGUUCUCCUCCACUUGCAAGGGCCUUUGCAAUGUGAGACUGGGCCACACAAUCAGAUUUCUACCACCCAAAUUCUAUUUCUAUUUGAGUCUUUGUCAGGAUAAUGCUGAAAUGCUGCAGGAAACUUUAAUCAUGCAGGAUUUCAGGGAGAUGUGCUAUGUCAUUAUGACUGUCAACUCAAUUAUGGUUGGCUUAAGCUGGUACAAGAGCACUCACGAGACAAAGCUUCACACAUGCAAACAGGGAUACAAAUAUGAGACCUGUGUGAUUUGCAUGGCAGUGUACAAGGAAGGGAACCUCCUGAAGAUCCCGUCCUGUUCCCGUGCUUACCACAGUGCCUGCGUUGACCCCUGGUUCCUCACCCAGGCCAGGGAAGACACGUCCCUCCUCAAGCAGCUGGUGAACACCUGUGGACAAGGUGACGUCCCGCCGGAGCAGGCUGGUGAAGGUGUGAACAAGUUGGAACAGGACCACGAAGACAAAACAUUUGGAGAAAGGCAAGAAGAUGAACAUGUUGGAGAGAAGAAAUAUGCUGUGAGCACAGAGGAAAGGGAAGGGUUUGAUGCACUGGAGAACAGCUUCAUUUGA